AUGACAGCGAUCAAUGGUCAAUCCCGUAAGAAAAAUAAUAUGAGCAAUGGACAAUCCCGUAAGAAACAGAAGAAGAUCAAUGGGCAUUCCCGUAAGAAAACGAGUAAGAUCAAUGGGCAAUCCCGUUGCAGUUGGCAGACACUGCCAGACGAUAUCAUGGAGUACAUUCUACAACGUCUGAGUUUAUGGGAUCGAAUACAGUUAAGGAUGGUGUCCAAGUCUUGGAGGUCAGUAGCUAUGCGAAGAGAUAUUCGUAGCUCUCCAACUGAAAUACCCUGGUUACUAUUGCCUCCAUCUGAAUCACCAAAUCUCAGCAAUAACAACUACAUAAGCUUUUUCAGCCUUUCUGAUGCCAAAGUUCACAAACUGACGCUGCCUAGGGCAUUUGGAGGAGGAUGGGUUCAUGGGUCUUCUAAAGGUUGGUUGGUUAUGGUCAAGGGUGCAUACUCUAAAAUGUUUUUACUAAACCCUAUUUCAGGUGCCCAACAGGAACUUCCAUCGUUAAAAACUGUCUUUCCAUACUUCGCAAUUCUCAAAGAGUUGAAAGCAGAGUUGGAGGGCACACAUGUCUUGGACAAUUUGUGUAAUCAAGUUGUGUUAUCUACCUCGGAUAUUUAUUCAGAUGAUUGUAUUGUAGCAGCAAUUUUUAGGGAUCAUAUACUGGCUUUGUGCAAACCUGGAGACAAAAGAUGGAGGAAAGUCUUGGACUUCAAGGAAUCAGAUAGGCUGAAGCUUUCUGCAAUAUUGUUUUCUUGUGGUAUGCUAUAUUGUUAA